CGGCCUUGGGCGGCAUAAAAUGUCGGCGCCAUCUUGGUACGGGAGUUAUUUCGUCUUCGGAGUGAAGAUGCCUACUUCAUGCGCCGCUUGGGGGUGCACCACCGUCAGGACGAUUCAAACAAGAUCGCAAGGAAUUACCUUUCACAAGUUUCCCAAAGAGAAGCAGUUGAGGAGACAGUGGGAAGUGGCUGUGAAAAGGGAAGACUUUUCUGCCAAUGAGAGGUCAAUGCUCUGUAGCCAGCACUUUCAGCCGGAGGAUUUUGACCGGACAGGCCAAAAUGUCAGGCUCAGGGAUGGAACUAAACCAUCUGUGUUCAGUUUCCCAACACAUCUCAAAAGAAAAGUGGCAGCCAGGACUACACAAGCCUCAAGGAAGGCUGAAGCGAGCCUUGUAAUUGACUGUUCUUUACAAUCAUUACAAGUCACUGAACCUUCACCUAACUACCUUGUGAGUAUUUACACUAGCUAGAUUCAACUAGAUUCAAUUAUUAUAUUAUAUCAUAUAUUGUGUGAAAUUAUAUAUUGUGUCAAUUGCACUGCAUAGAUGU